GAUUUCCCAAAAACAAAAUUUGGAACAAAAUUCAGAUCGUUUUCGUCGAAAUAUUAUGAAUCAUAUAAUAGCUGGUUGGAAUACAGCAAAGAAGAAGACAAAGUCUACUGUUUCGUAUACAGACACUUCAACAAAGGAAAUAUACGAGAUCAAAAUGAAAGAUUUGUAAAAAGUGGUUUUAACGACUGGAAGAAACUAGCAGAAGCGUUAAAAAACACUCAGAAUCAUCGCAUCGCGCUGAAUGCAGCCAAAUGUAUGUGUCCUACCGUCAAUCUCUGACAGUUGGAGAUGUUUAUCAGCAACUUAUG